AGAGAGAGCUGCACUGCUCCAGGGUGCACACGGGUCCGGUGACUCCAACUAUGCAGUCCACCGAGUCCUGGAAUUCUAGCUGGGGCACCACGAUGUCCUGGGACUAUUCGGGCUCAGGCUCCCUGGACCAAGUAGAGCUGUGCCCUGCCUGGGAACUGCCUUACAGCCACGCCAUCAUCUCCGCGCUCUACCUGGCGGCCUUCGUCGUGGGCCUGACGGGCAACACCUUCGUGGUGUGGCUGCUGAGCCGGCGGCGCCGACCGCGGCGGCUGGUGGACACCUUCGUACUGCACUUGGCGGCCGCGGACCUGGGCUUCGUGCUCACGCUGCCACUGUGGGCUGUGGCGGAGGCGCGCGGCGGCCUCUGGCCCUUCGGCGAUGGCCUGUGCAAAAUCAGCAGCUUCGCGCUGGCGGCCACACGCUGCGCGGGCGCGCUGCUGCUGGCGGGCAUGAGCGUGGACCGCUACCUGGCCGUAGGCCGGCCGCUGAACGCGCGCCCGCUGCGCAGCGCGCGCUGUGUGCGAGCCUCGUGCAGCGCCGUCUGGGCUGCGGCGUUCCUCGCCGGUCUGCCCACCUUGCUCUACCGGAGGUUGCAGCCGAGCCUGGACGGCGAGGGCAGCCAGUGCGCGGAGGAGCCCUCGGAUGCGCUCCAGGGUGUCGGGCUGUUGCUGCUGCUACUGACCUUCGCGCUGCCGCUGGCUGUCACCCUGACCUGCUACUGGCGCGUGUCGCGCCGCCUGCUACGCGUCCGUAGGGCCCGAGGCAACUCGCUGCGUAUCAUCUUCACCGUGGAGAGCGUCUUCGUGGGCUCCUGGUUGCCCUUCAGCAUCCUGCGCGCUCUUUUCUACCUGGCGAGACUCCGGGCGCUGCCGCUGCCCUGCUCCCUGCUGCUGGCGCUGCGUUGGGGUCUGACUGUCGCCACCUGCCUAGCUUUCGUCCACAGCUGUGCGAACCCGGUCAUCUAUCUCCUGCUGGACCGCUCGUUCCGCGCCCGGGUCCGAUUCGGGCCGUGCACGCGCGUCGGGCGACAGGUGCGCAGGAUCAGCUCGGCCUCCUCGCUCUCCAGAGAUGACAGCUCGGUGUUCUGGGGCCGAUCCUCAAAGGCGAACUCUGCUUUGGCCGCUUGGUAGCCUCCUCAGGAUGACGCAGGUGGACCGGAGCUUCAAAGAGAGGAACCACGAGAUGGCGACUCUGCUUGAAGAUGGCAUCGGGACUGUCCAUUAGAGCUGGCUGCUGAGGCUGGCUGUUCUCACAAACCGACCGGGAAGGGUGGGGUAUUUCCUUAAUUUUCUCCAAUGCAAGAAAAACUGUAGACACCCACCUGGAGAAACGGGUUCACCUAAUAGAUGGGAGGAAGUUCCGUCCUUUGUUUCAUUCUGUGUAAUUCAGCCCAAACAUUCAAUCCAGACUCUCAAAGGUCCUUGUCUCUGACUAUUCUUGCCCCUGCAAAAGCCUCUGUCCUUUGAGACAUACACUUCUCUCUCUCUCUCUCUCUCUCUCUCUCUCUCUCUCUCUCUCUCUCUCUCUCUCUCUCUCUCUCUCCCUCUCCCCCCCCUCUGCUCUCCUCUCCCUUCCUCCCUCCCCCUCCCCCCCUCUCUCUCAUCACUAUGUUAUCUGUAUUGUUUCUCAUCCCUAAUUCAUCUUUUCAUUUUCAAAGGCCCACGAAACACAUGGAAACCAACCCCAGUAUGAGUUGCUCAAUUUGGUCGUUCCCACCUGUUGCUUCACCCUGGUGUGGCGGCCCUUCUUCCCUCUGGAGACGCUGCGGGACUCACCCUGAAAAGAGUUCUAGCUUUCCUUCCUUCUGAAUGCCGGGAUCUGAAACUUUUCCGUGGUCCCCCUCACUCAGCCAGGGACCCAAGGUUCUUCUGUGAGCACACAUCUCAAUAAAAACCUCUGUUGGCCCU